AUGGAUUCCCUCGCCUUUGGAUCUCUUGCACACAUCCAUAUACUGAUUGUACCCAUCGGAAAUAUCCACCGGGCGACGUACGAGAAAUGGGCGUCGGAAGUCAGAGGGUUUGAAACCAUCCCGCUUGAAGAUAUCCCAAUUGAUUCAAGAGAUGAUAGAGCUCGUUUUAUGCCCACCCCCCUCGCCAAGGGCCACCUGCAUCUAAACUAUCUAUCACAUCCCUCUUCGUUAUCCCACAAUGCGCUUUCCCUCUUUCGACCAUCUGAAUUUCCACUUGGAGUCAUUGGUAUUGCGUCCUGCUCUCAAUCUGAUUCGAUUUCCUCGAUCCUGACUGCAUUCGGUACGGCCAUGAGCGGCCUGCCUCUUCAAGGGUCCGCUAUUCCCGCCACUAGAAAUUGCUUUGUAUUCGAAGACAGUGAUGUCGGGCUAGACGUGGGGGACCGAUUUCCUGGUCUUGUAAUCAUCCCUGGUAUGAUGGGCAACAAGCGAGUUCACAUCGGUACGCUAAUUGCUGGGCUGUGUUCGCAAAUCCUUGGGCAGUUCGCAGCAGUGAUGCAAUCGUUAGAAACUCCCCUUGGGAAUGAGUAUCUCAACGCAUCUUUAUUCCCGAAUCUCCCUCCCUCGUCUGAAUUUCCGAAGCCACUUGAUUCAAGUGGUGGUUUUCGUGACCCUGCACCUCUCCCAGCUCGUAAUAGUCAGCCAGACCUGAGUAACGGUUCUUCGCGAUCUAAGACACCUCUUGGGGCCAAGCGGGUCUCCUCUGGUCCUGGUCUUGCUCCAAUCCGGCACGCUAGUCUCCCUCCAACACCGGCGACGACAAAGAAGCGACCAAGUGCGAUUGGAGCUGCUUCUUCUCACGGUAGGCUCUUCAAGGUGUUGGGUGACCUCUUCUUGCUCGCCGGUAGGCAUGCAGACUCAUCAGUUUGGUAUACCGAAGCUAUUGCACUGUUUAAAAACUCACAGGAUGCAGUAUGGCAUGCAUCUGCCUUGGAGGGCUUAGCCACCAUUCCGAUAGUCGAAGCAUGGUCAUCAAGUAACAGUAUGCUCAGUAGCGACAAUGAGAAGGAACCGUGGCAAGACAUUAUGGAUAAAUUGAACUACGCUCAAGGUCUUUAUCACAAGACGGCUCCUCCAUCAGAUGCAGAAGGGUCACACGUGCAUCAAACAUAUUUGUAUGCCCAAUGCGUUCUUCGUCAAGCGUCAUUACUUUUUGCAGUGUGGACUUGCAAAGGCUGGGGCUCAAAUACCUUUGCAAACAUGUUGCAUCCGGGUCCAAAUCCCUUCCUGUCCGGAGUUCCUUCUACACAUCCUGUUGCAGGUACUAAGGGAGAGACGAAUGCCGCCUCCACGUUGCCACCUAAAGCAACGUAUGCUCAUAUGGAACGACUUACGACUAUCACAGGUAUUUCCCGUGCGCAGAUCGCGGGCGUUCUGGCUCAGGUUCACGGGCCUUGGCUUCUACAUUUGGGUCCACGUGAGCGAAUCACAAUACUGCAAGCUACGGCCGGAAUGUAUGGAGCCCUGGGCUAUCUCCGCAAAGAAGCCUACAUCCUUCGCGAAACGUUGGGAUCCAUAAUGGAUCUUAUUGUAUGUGGACGUCAGGAGCAGAUUGGAAUACGGGAUUCUGGCAGCAGUUCAAUGAAUCGUGGACUCGCACAACCUGGGGCUUCUACGAGCCAAGGAACUGUCGGCAUAAGGGAAAAUCAGAGGACAGAAGGGAACGACAGUCUACUCCGAAUCGUCAAGCAUAUUUGUAGGGUACAUGGCGUCGAUCUCGAGACCGUACGAUUGGUCGAUGUCAGCGCCGUUUCGCAAGCGACGUCAAGACAAGACCGUGAUAUGACCGAUGACGUAUCCAAUGCGGACGAUGAUGAUCUAUCAGAGUUACCGCAGGAGCCUUUUGGCUGGCCUGAGCUCCAGAUCGGGAUAGUGCGUGAGGCGAUUGCGGUAGCAGAAGCAUUGCCUGACUAUCCUUCCGUUGCCCAGUUCUCAUUGUCUUCGUUGAAAAUGCUUCAUCCGGUCAUGAGUCAGAGUGACCAGUUUCAUUUUUAUCACACGGCUACUCGUGCCCUGGCGACCGCGAUUCGUAGGGGAGACAGACGGACCGUGGAAUAUUGGGCUGGACGACCAGUCAUUAGCGUAGAAGUAUUAUCUUUGCCCCUCAUUCGCUUACCUCUUGAGAAGCCUUUAUCACUCAUCACAACGAAGCCCAAUAAUCCAAGCAUUAAUCCUAUUUUUAGUGGAUCCAGAGAUCCAUUUCUAUACAAUCCGCGAAAACUAAUGUCAGGACAGACGCAAAGUAUUCUCGUUCAAAACGAACGUUUUGAAGUCUCCGUCACUCUGCGAAAUCCAUUCAUCUUUGAUUUACAGCUAGAAAGUAUAGCAUUAAGCACGUCUGGCGUACGCAUUGAGUCAGAGGGCAUGCCUGUGAUCAUUCCUUCAAACUCGUACCACCCUGUCACCAUUUCUGGAAGAGCACUCGAAGCCGGUACUCUUGUGAUUCGCGGAUGCACUGUGCAAGCUCCGGGCGGUGUCCCGCGCGAGUAUACUUUACCAUUGUCCUCAGAAGAGGACGACCAGCGUUUACAACGGCGAACUACAGCUUUAUUCGAGGCCGGGCGAUCCAAACGAUCGGGUCUUGAUUCUCGUCCAUGGAAAAGAGUUGAUAAGCAAGCAAAAAGGCAGAGCGCGAGGACGACAACGAUCCGCUAUCUGGAAUGCAACGUUGUUCCAGAGCAACCCCUUCUGCGUAUCAAAAGGACGUCGCUGACACAUGGAGCAGUCAUGCUCUACGAUGGUGAAACGUCAACGAUCCGGUUAACAUUUGAGAACGUAUCAUUGUUACCAAUUAACUUUCUGCGGCUUACAUUCGACGAUUCGACAAUUGCUCCUGCCCAGCAACUUCUUACCGAGGGAGAACUGUCUAUAUUCGACACGUAUGAGACGGAAUAUGACCUAAUUAGUCGGCCUGUAUUUUUCUGGGAUAGUUCCCAAGGAACACAUCAGGUAGAUCCAGGCGAAAAGACAACCGUGACUGUUAAGUGCUUCGGCAAAGUCGGCUGCACCAGUGGCGCAGUCCAUGUCUCGUAUGCAUACAUCGACCGCCACGAAGUCCCUGACAAGUCGUUGGAUAUCUUCCACUCGCGCCAGCUCUCAUACCCCGUCGUGGUGACCGUCUAUCACAUGUUAGCGUGCCAUGCGAUGGAUAUCCUAUCGUUCUCCGCUAUCACGAAUUAUGCAUCCUCGAUGCUGACUGCCGACGAUCCAGUUGCGCUCGAACGUGAAUGGGGUCAGAAAGGUGUCUGGAACGUUGACGACGCAGCGGAUUGGUGUUUGUUCACGGUAGAUGUGCGAAAUACCUAUGGUUUACCAUUUGAGGUCACGUUUGAAAGAUCACAGCCGGAUCUUGCCUCAACAACACGUUUAGUGCCGCCUGGGUCCACAUCGAGAUUGAUCCUACCUAUCAAAAAGAUAUUGUUAUCUGAGGAACACGUGUCUAGGCCCAUCCCUACACUGUCUGACAGGCAGUUUGUCGUGGCUAAGUCUGCCUUAACAUCAGCAGAAGAGAAGGCACAGCGAGAGCUAUUCUGGUAUAGGGAAGAGUUGUUCAAAGUGAUUACUGGCCGAUGGAAAGAAAGCGGCGGCACUCGUACGGGCACACUUUCUUUGCGACAACAACGGAUGACGCUGCCCAUGCUUGAGACCCUGCGCACGGAGACAGUGCGAGUGCAGAUGUCGCUAUUUUAUCGAGAUGAGGAUGGUGUAUCCAAAGACGUUGCUGUGGAUCCCACAAGGUCCAAAUAUUUCGCCUCACCUAAUGAAUUCAUGUAUUUGCGCAUCAAGGUGGUCAACAUGUCUCCACUGGAGCUGGUGCUUACCCUGAAUCUCACUUUGGAUCCUGCACAACAUGUCAUUCACCAAGGAACUCUGGUAGAUAUACCUGUAGGACGCCUUGCACAAGCCGAAUCACGAGAGACAGAGAUCCCCAUAAUAUUCGUUUCCGCCGGACAGUUCAACUUCACCUCUGACGUAUACGCGAUUACAGAUCCCAUUCAAUCUGGGAAAGUAGGAAGAGGUCAGCUGAGAACAGCAGUGAAAGUACAAGACUUUCAACCAUAG